CUCCUCAUCAAUCAUGUUCGGCAAGCUCAAGCACUCACUGCACAAGGCGUUCAUCCCGCCCGACGAGAACGCGGCGUUCGAGGCCCCAGAGGGCGUGGUCCGCCCCCAUGUCUUCCUGGACAUGACGAUUGGCGGGCAGGAGGCGGGGCGGAUCGAGAUCGAGCUCUUCAGCGACAUUACUCCCCAGACCGCCGAGAACUUCCUCCAGCUCGCUCUUGGCGUCAACAUCGACGGCAAGCAGCGUGGGUAUACCGGCUCGACAUUCCACCGCGUGAUUCCUGGCUUUAUGAUCCAAGGAGGCGACUUCGUUCACGGAGACGGCACGGGUCGCGUGUCCAUCUACAACCACGGCGGCUCGUUCAAGGACGAGAACUUCAAGCUCAAGCACACCAAGGCCGGGCUGUUGAGCAUGGCCAACUCGGGGCCGGACACCAACGGCUGCCAGUUCUUCAUCACGACGGCCGCAGCCGAUUUCCUCAAUGGCAAGCACGUUGUGUUUGGCCGGGUGGUUCAUGGUAUGCCCGUUGUCCGCGCAAUUGAGAAUACGCCGGUGGGCACAGGAGACAGGCCUAUCAGCCCCGUGGUCAUCGCGAAGUCAGGCGAGGUGCCUCAGGCUCAAGCCGCCCCACAGGCAGCAUAG